GGAAAUUUUAGCUUUGCUUUGAAAAGGAAAGGACCGGUGUAAAUGCACAUACUCAGUCGUACUUACAUUCAGAUUGUAGUUAAUAAUAACUCAUGCGUGUUGCAGCAAUAAGGCGGAGAAAUCGAACGCUGCCGUCAUCUUUGUGCGGGGCAAAUAUUGUUUUUGUUUUUCUCUUGCGCUAAUUUGAAGUUAGGACGUAUUUGUCCAAAAGCUUCAAAAUAAAACAUGCAUGUUGGCGUAGUUUUUUAAUAUAUUACAACUUAUACUAUAAGUAAAAGUGAGAGUGUUUUUGUCGCACAUCGGUGACGUAUGUACUGUAGUUAGGACGUUUGGGGAGGUUGGAGAGAUUGGUUUGAGGAGUUGAGUUGGCUGUUGCUAGUGUAGGUUCCCAAGCACAUUACCAUGAUGAAUGACCCAAGUGACAUGGCAGAUAACCACAAGGAAUGUUGGGAUGCACUUAUUUGUGCUGCAGACAAGUACCAUAGAAUGAGUGGCAAUGAAGUCCUCCUCCUCACAGCUUACAAGUCAAAAGCUUUCUCCAACUAUGCUUAUGCUGUGCAUGGUACAGAUGCACUCUGUGAUGCUGCCCGUCAUUAUCUAGAUGACAUUGCUGUGGCCCACAAAACAUCUUUACUUACUAACCGGUCGUUGCCUGUGCCAGUUGCAGAAAGGAGGAGAGACUCUACUGAGCUAAGGGAACGAGAUGCAUAUUCAAAGAGCUAUCCAUCCAUAUAUGGCAGAGGCAGCUAUGUCUCUCUAGAAGAUCAAGAACCGAUCAUUAUACCAGAUCACCUGGAGAAGGCAGCAGAACUUAUGGUAGAAGAGGAAGAUGGCAACAUUAUAGUGGAUCAUGCACUGGAUAGGCACAAUUUGAAUGAAACAACAGUGAUGUUUACAAUGGAUGAAGAUUCCCCUACACAGGACUGUGAACCUUUUUUUGAAUCUGAUGCAGAAGAAAGCACUGAUGAUGGUAGCUUAAGUGAAGAUAUCCCGACUCGCCCUUUCCAUUUUGGUCAAAAGAACUACCAGCAGUAUGCCAAGUCCCUGCCUGUAAAUGUGCCCAUCUGGAACUUCAAAGACCACAAGACUGGGAAGCCUUCACAUGUGGUGAACAGUGACAGAGUACCAUCCCCAGACCUAGAAAAGAUUGCUGCCAGCAUGAAAGCUCUUGCCAUGAGUGUCUCAGAUGGGACUGAAAUGUUUGGUGACUUACCACGGCCUCGGCUCAAUACUGGGGACUUCCAGAAACCCUAUCGGAAAUACUAACUGUUUGGUUUUGUAUCAUUACACUACAACAUGUGACUGGAGAAAAGUUUAUGGGUCACCAGUAUUUUUUGAAGGCAUGGGGGAACCCAUGUGGUUAUGUAGCAUUAGAGGCAAACAGAAUGUGACUAUUUGCUUGCCUUUUUUUUUUUUCUCUCCUCCUUGCAACAGUUUCUAUUUUUAAAGAAGAAAAAAAGUGGAGUCUUUCCAAAGAAAAGACAGCAUGACUCUAAAUGGGGCCUUACUGUUUUGGUUUACUAUCACAGUUUUGAAACGUAUAAUCCUAAGGCGACAGUGUCUGAAAAUCUCAAAUCCUGCUAACGCUGUAAAACCGAAACGCAAGUGUUAGCAUGAGUCCUGAAGGGGUGUGGACCUUAGAACAAGUGCUUAAUUGGAUCCUGCAUUGGGGGGGAACUUGUCCAGAAAUUCAGUACUGUGGUCUCAGGAUCAUGGGUUUUAAGACUGUGGGAUUCAAGGUUAUGCUAGUAAACCAAGGUGUUUUUUUUUUUUGUUUUUGUUUUGUUUUUUUUGUUUUUUUUUAAACCUGAUUGUAUGUUUCAGUCACUGUUUGCUCUGCAGUCGCCGGUGUUGAGCCUUGCAUAGGCUGAGGAUUAGAGAUCUAGUUUUCUCAGUGAACUGAAUCAGUACUGGGGGGAGGGAGAUUUGUCAAGUAGUGUAUUUACUUUAGGGGUCCAUACCAGUCCUUUUUUCUGUACUGUAUACCAUUAAACUCCUGUUGAGAGUGUUGAAGGGGGUAUUUUUUGCAACCUUGAUAGCCUAGCACACUUGUUCACACAUGGUACAUCCCUGGAUAGUUGUUUUUGGGAUUACUGAAGUAGAAGUACCCAUUCUGAUGGUCUAAAAGUACACCAGCCAGAGGCUUAGGCACUUAUGUUUUCUGAGGUUAUUUCAGUAUUGAGUCUCUCAUUAAAGGAGAUAAAAAUGUUCUGCCCAAGUUGAAUAAGAUAUUGUUUUAAACCAUGGCUAUAUCAAGUCACUUCUCAGUCUUUGGCUGAGCUACGUUGUGUGAUUGUGUUUGCUGAUGAAGUGUGAAUGGGUACAGGGCCAGAAGUUUGCACCCAAGUAAUGGCAAAACAGUGCGUUUCACUGUGCUGAGCAGAUUGCAGUGUGUGACAGUAAUUCCUUAAUGAAGGUUGGUGACUUUGUACUUUCUGAUCUGCACAAGGAAGUUAACAGACAAGCUAAUGUAUAAUGAUGAUUCUUUUAGGCUGUAUGACCAUUUGUGUUCCUUUUGACCAUUUCUUCUGGAUAUCAAUGGCUUAACCACCUGCACACAGUUUAAAGGAGUAGUAUGCUGUGGACUUUAUGUACUGUAUUAAAAAAGAUAAAAAAAAUUAAUAAAAACAAUGUCCCUACCUGUCACAUAGUCCCUAGAGGCAUAACACUUGAUUCUGUCCAUCCACAACCCCUUUUUUUCCCCAUUUUUGCACACACGGUCAGGGUCAUCUAGAGUCAAGGUAUACACCGCCUGGUGGCUAUCCCUGCAAGAUGGACAAACACUUGAGUCCAUUAAAAAAAUACAUUUUUUGCUUUCAAUUUUCCUGUUGGCAUCUGUCUUGUAUACAGUGGCGAAGGCAGUGCUACGUCUUGAAUGCGUUUCCUUGUAUCACUCUUCUUAAUACAUAUUGUUUGACUAAUGGCAAACAAGUAGAAUUUAAAACCUACUAAUGAAAAUUUGUUUUGAGUUGAAUUUUUGGUAGUCAGAAACAGAUUUCAUCCUUUCUAGGUAUCCACUGGCAUAUACCUCCUCUGCCUCGUGGAAAAAAAAAUAAGGUUUUACAUAUUUCUCAGAACAUUUUUUAAGAUUUCCUUCUUUUCACCGUCACUGCACUAGUGGUCCACUUUGGAAAGUUAAACCUGACUUAGAGUGUUAUUUGGUAGCCAUAUGGGUUCCUGUACGGCCUCAUGUCUCGCCCCCAUUGUUUUCUGAGAGACCUUUGAGGCUCAGGUUCAGUAUAAAGCUGUGUGUCGUCAUGCCUUUGGAGCCGAUUGUCAGAGAUGCUAUCUUGACAUUAUGGAGUUAUGAAGGUUUGGCUCCAGCAGCGCUCAGGAAGAUAGAUUCUCUUUAAACGUGUCAUGCCGAAUGGAGCCUCAUUAAUCAUCCUAAGCUAACUCCUCUCUUAUCCCUAGGGAGAUGCGACUGGCUAUUUACUACCUUUCCUGCAAGCACAGAGCCAAAAAGCUAUUGUUAGGUGUGGCAAGACUUACUUCUUACCAGUCUGGACUGCAGCCUUCCCUUAUGAAAGGAUGACAGAAAAUCUUGUAAACCAGCAGUUAUCUUCGAGGAAGUCCUCAGCCAAGCUCUGUCAGUAGUUUGUGAGGUAAGCUUCCAUGUAGCCUGCUGCAGUUUUGGGCUGCACUGAUAAUGUGGCCAGUACUUCAGAUUUAACCAUUUGCAUUUGUGCAGUGGCAUAAAUUAGGCUGCCCUCCAUUAGAGAAGAACUCUGGAAUAAUCUGUUUUUUCAGUUUAAGUAAAUGUAUUAUUUGGCUAUUUAUCUCUGGUUGGUUGAGCCCUGGAAGAGAGCAGGCCUCUGUCAGUGUGGAAAGACUUGUAUGAUCCACUGAUUUUUUUUUUCUCCCUCUUUCAAUUUUCUAAAACUUCCCACCCCCGGAAGAGGAAGAAGCCUUUUCACUGCAUAAGGAAAGCUCCCGAGCAUUGCUUCAGCUUCAUCUCCUUCAGCGCUGGCUAAGAGGCUUACUUCACUGGCACAGAUUCAUGCUCAACUGCAGUACAUUUAGCUGAGGUGUGGAACUGCCAGUGAGGAUAGGUGGGUCCUGAGUAGUUUUCGGCCCCCAGCAUGUUACACUGAGUUUAGUGGUCCACUUUGGGAGAUUAAACCUGACUUAGUGUCAUUUGGUAGCCAUGGUAGCUUCUUGUACAGCAGUCUUUCAUCUUCCAUUGUCCUUUCAUGAGAGACCUUGAGACUCUGGUUCAUUUCGAAGUGGCCUUUGACUUUUGUCCACCCUGCUAGAAAAUUGAUGCAUAUCUGAAUAAGAAACUGAAAGAGACAUCACCAUUAAAUAUGGUCAGUUUUGCCAUAGUUUGAUGCUUGCAAGUCUUUUGCAUGGAAAGGCUGUAGUUAAGAGACCUUAAUUUGUGUUGGUGGAGUUCAAUGAGUGGGCCUAGACUGUGCAAUAGUAGGGAGUCGUAUCUAAUUUUUCACAAGGAUCAUGUUUUUUCUUGAGUACUAGCUUAUUUUUACUAGACGUGUGUUCUUGAACUGGUCCGCACAUUCCUUUUUUCUUUGCCAUGGCAAAAUAAGAGUAGGCAAAAGAACCUUUCAUACUUGAGUGUUCAUCAGCUCCGAUUUCAUCAGAAGUAGUGGAGUGUAGAAAGAAUAAAUAGCAGUUUAUUCUGUGUGGGUGGGAGUGGCUUAUAGUUAAACCCUUGUUGAAUGGAUUUCCAGCAAGGCUAGCUGCAUACUGGAAAUUGCUGUUGUCAGUGGUCACAUUACUAGGGGAGCAGGUGGGUUUAGUAAUGUCUUCUGUGCCACUGUCACUUGCCUUUAACAUCUUAGCAUUGCUAUUUUGACAGACUACAGAAAUCUAGUUUCUUUUGGUGCCUGUGUACUUCAAGACUCCAUCUUUAUUCUUUGUUCUUGAUCUCUCCUCCAGCUUCUUCCACCCUGGAUAAAUUUUGUAUUUUGGGGCUCAACCCAAGGAAGAGGGAAAAAAGUGUUUGAUGUAAUAGAUACAUUCUUAGCAUUUCAGUUCACAUGUUUUUCCUUUAGUCACAAAUACUCCUGUAGUUUCUCGUCUGUGUGUGGACAGACCCUUUAUCCAGUACUGAUGCAGAAGAGCUCACUGUGAGGAACUAGAGAUGUGUGCAUUCAGUCAUAUGACCAGUAUCUGUUUUGAAAUUGGAUGCAGUUAAUUGGCACCUUCCAUUUAGCAUAAAAUGCAGAUGAACUUUUUAACUGCCUUUAUUUUAAAGUCAUUCUCUUCUCUUCUUUGUUGGAUUGUAUUUUCCGUAAACUAGCCAUAACAUUAAUAUAUUUGCUUAUUAAAUCCAUGUAGCUUUUUUGACUCUGCUAGUAAAAUAAAAACAGAUUUGAACAGAAUUGCUAAACGUGGCUUGUGGAGAUUUUAAUCACAUUUUCAACACUGCUGUUAUGCAAGUAAUUCUCAAAGUAGCACUGCAUGCAGCUAAUUACCAUUGUGAACUGGAAAUACCUUGCCUACUUUGACUGAUACCAAUACAGAGAGCGCUUUGGCUACUUGGCCGGUUAAUAUCUAAUAUUGGAAUACACCCCAUCUCUUACUGGUCUAUGCUUUUUCUUAGCCAAAUGUAAAUAUGUGAAAUUUAAAGGUCCAAGAUUACCAACACAUCAAAGAUAUGGAUCUUAUUUUUUCCAUUUCGUUUGCUAAUAUGGACCUCCCUCAAGACUGUCUUACAAAAGUGUGUGGGGGGCUGCUUUUCAGGUUUUCUACAAAUCUCUACAUAUUUGUCUCCCUCACAGUUCUCCCCUCCUCCUUAUUUCCUUUUAUGUUCAUUUGAGCAUUCCAUUUUCUGUGGUCUGCUGCCUUUUUGGUUUAACGGGAUUGGUUUUGUUCUGUACAAUGGUUAAUGCCCUGUCUUUGUAAAGCAUGGCUUUUCACAGUUUAGCCAAGAGUCUGUCUUUUUGUGUGUUAGUUUGACCUACAGUUUAAAAGCUUGCAAUUUUAUAAAAAUAACUGGUUGCAUGCAUUCUCCACCUCCCUCCAAAAAAAAUUUCUGCCUUCAUAGUAAGGAACAUCAAGCAAGAAAUCAGGAUAGUUAAGACAUUCUGAUACAGUCUGUUCAACAGAAUAAAAGGCACCAUCCAGGACUUCUACUGCUGAAAGGAUUGCCAGAGAACUUGGUUCUGGUAGGCCUAAAAACUAUCUGUAUGUGAUUUGUACUUGGGAGAGCUCCUUGGUUUCCCAAUUGAAGCGCUCCAUCUUGUGAAGGACAUCCAAAGAAGAAAAAAACAUAAAUAUGGUGGUGGUGCUGCAGUAGCAUUGUCACCUCACAGUAAGACGCUGUCCGGUUCGAUUCUCAGCUAGAG